AUGCUGGGAUGUUGGGGGUGUUUAUACGUUUUUGGAGCAGUAAAUGUUGCUGAAAAUCAAUUAGAAAAUGGAACAGUGAAUGCUGCCGAAAAUCAAUUAGAAAAAUUAGAAGAAGGCGCUAUUCCCCAAGAACAGGUCGAUAAUUCUUCAUCUCAAUUUGGUGAAAUUGAAGUCGCUCUUCCACAAAUCACUGAAUCAUUUGAAGAACUUAUGAAAAAAUCGAUUAAAGAGUUGAAAAUUAUUUUGGAAGAUCGCAGGAUAUCUACUAUUGAAUGUGUCGAAAAAGAAGACCUUGUAAAGUAA